CGAUGGCCAAAGGAAAGAAACGUAGCAAGCACCCUCAAGUUGCUGCUGCAAACCCUGCGCAGAAGGCUUUCCCGACUCAUGCUCAGCAGGAAGCAUUCUCCGUCAGGAUCUGCAACCUGGGUGGGGAUUGGCCGGAGGUCGUCAUGGCCGCCCUCUCCGAAUCGUUCGGUAUCCCGCCGUUAACGACGCGCAAGGGGCUGAAGCAGGUCCACGUCAACUUCGACGCGCUUUGUGAUCGCCUCGACGCCGCGUAUGCCAUGUACGAGGAGGAAGGGAACGUGAUGGUUCUGGGUGGCAUCGUGAGGAUAUACUCCAAGAUGUGCGCGGACGGGAUACUUCGUGACAAGCUUUUCGAGAGAGGGUUAAUGCAGAAGCUUAUGCCUCUCUUGGACUCGGAUCUAUGUCGAUUCGUCGCGCUGCGGUCGCUGGUGACCAUGACGCGAUACGGAAAUCGUCCCGUGCGACGCGAGAUCGCCCGCACCGUCACGCGGCGACUCCUCCGGCUCGUAGACGAACGUCCCAACGAUCGCAGGACGGAAGAGAUGUGCAUCGGGAUCCUGUCCGCCUGCAUCUCGAUCGCGGUGCACGACCCGAACAACCCGCCCGACGCCGAGACCAUGAGGGACAUAUGCAUAACGGAGACGCUUGACAAGGCCGUACGAGCCGCGAAGCGCCCGGGAUGCUCGCCGUGGCUCAUCGGCAAGGUGUUGGCGCUCUUCCAAAACGCAGGCUGUAACUGCUCCGAGGACCUCCGCAGGAACCCCUCGGCGAUCAACCUGGUGAUCGCAUUCCUGCGCAGCGACGAUCUCGAAACGAGAUGUUUCGUCGUCUCCAGCCUGCUCCUCGUCCACUUUUGCGCCCACGAGCGUGAUCGGUUGGAAUACGAUGUCUCCAAGCUCCGACAUACUCUCGACACCUGGGACUGGCCCCCUUACAUUCUCGGCGCGAUGGCGGAGUUUGGUCGGGAGAGAUGCGACACCUCUGUCCAGUACAAUACGGCCCUCGAUAUCGACAGGGCUAAGUGGGAUUUAGUCGAGACCGGCAACCUGUGCAGAUUCGGGAAGACGAUUGCCAGGUGUAUGCUACGUUCCGAGUGCCCGAUCACUCCGGGCAAGUUCGAACUUUACGGACGAGGCCCCGAUUUCCCGCCCAGCUUCCAGCUGACCACGGGCGUUCUGCUGCUUGCGGCAGACGCGAUGGAUCAGACAGGCUCCCGGGACGAGGCGCACUACCCGGUCAUCUUGCGCCUGAAGACCCUGCUCGUGUGCAGGAUGUACGAUGAAGCAUGCUCGCAGGCGCAAGCCGCCGCCGCGCGCGACCCGGACGUCGCCUACUACUACUACGUCGCCAGCAUCAGCUCCAAGCGCGAUGUCGGGCUGCGCUACGCGAAGAAGGGGCUACGAUGCACGAAGACGCUGACGUUGAACGUGAAGCUCGAGCUGCUCCGCCAGUGCGUCGAGCACGCGGGCGCGCUGGCGCUCGCCGCGUUCCAGGCGCACGACGUGAAACGGGACACGCGGCGGGAGGAGGGCGUCGCGUUCCUCGUGAGCGCGCUCGGCGACGCGAGGACGUUCAUGGCGGAGGCGCCGCCCGACGCCAUGGCCAUGAAGGCGAUCGCGAACUGGUAUAUCCUCUUGUUCCUCGCGAUCAAGGGUAAAGAGGUCCGGACCGAUCUGCGAGACGUCGCCGACGCGCUGGAGAAGAUACGGAUCAACGAAGGUGUCGCGGAGUGGCUCGGGGCUCGAGUGCCCAACACCCAGCAACGCCUGGCGCGGAUGAUGGUGGUGGAAGGGUACGCCGUCGCCAACGAGGAAUGGGGAAGCGCUGUCAAACGCAGCGACGACGCCCCCCUUGACGUCUCCGACGAGCCCUUUCAACUUCUGGAUCCGGGAAAAGCGAUGAGCGACCUGGCCGCGUGGCUGGACGACGGGCCACUGGUGAGCUCCGACGAAGAGGAGUCGACAUCGAGCGCGGAUCGUCCUGCACAAGUCCGCCUUGCGCCGCGUAGGGUGACGAUCGACUCUGUGUCGCUGUAUCUAUGCAGCUUUUGCGAAAAUCCGAGCGCUGCGCUGAAAAAGUGUGGAGGCUGCGGUAAAACUCGAUAUUGUGAUGCCGCCUGUCAGAAAGGGCACUGGAAAGCCCACAAACCCCUCUGCCAGAGGUCAUCGUGAGAGCUUAUUCUGAAUCCGAGAGUUCCGUCUCGUUUCCACAAUCAUCUGAGGCAACUGCGACCUGACUAUGUUCAACGCCCCCGGUUACUUAGGUCUGACUGACCAGCACUCGUAGCACUGAAAGGUCAUGACGGCAUUGUUGUACGUGCACCGGGAUAGCGAAGACGGGCAUCUUAGCCCUCGAACCACAGAUGACCUCUUUCACGAGUUCUCUUGCGACUUGUACUUACUCAUUUCUGUGCCAGCAAUACAUCAUGUUAAC